AUGAAUUCACUCGGCCAGCAACAUGCCAAUCAUAUUCAUCAAUAUCUUCAACUACAGCAAGCAGCCGCCGCCUCUGCUCUAACUGCGCCAAAUCCACUCGGUCUCAACGGCGCUACUUCACUGUCAAACCAUCUUCAAGCUUCAGCUAAUCUCCAUCCCCUCACUAUUGGUCCUGAACCUUGGGCUACUGCUUCUAGUGGACCACUUUCUUUACCGCUCCAACACCAGCAGAAGUAUGCGCAGAUUGAGGAAGAGAAGAUCUAUGGAUUGGUUAUUGAACUGUUGAAUCCAGCUACUAGGGAGCAGGCUUUGUCAGAGCUGAGUAGGAAGAGGGAUCAAUACGAAGAUUUAGCUUUAAUAUUAUGGCACUCCUUUGGAGUAAUGGCUACUCUCCUCCAAGAAAUUAUUUCAGUGUAUCCUCACCUCUCCCCACCCACACUGACAGGCCAUGCAUCAAAUAGAGUAUGCAAUGCUCUUGCUUUACUCCAAUGUGUUGCCAGUCAUCAGGAGACGAGGGGACUCUUUCUCAAUGCUCAUAUUCCAUUCUUUCUGUAUCCAUUCCUCAACACAACAAGCAAGAUAAGACCUUUUGAGUUUUUGAGGCUAACGAGUCUUGGUGUAAUUGGAGCACUCGUCAAAGUACGUGAUCAUAAUAAAAUUAGAGAUAACGAUAAUACAGAAGUAAUUCAGUUCUUACUGUCAACAGAGAUUAUACCUUUUUGCCUUCGAAUUAUGGAGACGGGCAGUGAACUAUCCAAAACAGUGGCCAUAUUCAUUGUUCAGAAGAUACUCUCAGAUGAUACUGGAUUAAAUUAUAUUUGCGGGACAUAUGAAAGAUUUUAUGCUGUCGGAACAGUCUUGAACAACAUGGUCAAUCAAUUAGUGGAGACUAGAGCUGCUCGUCUUCUCAAGCAUGUCGUACGCUGUUAUGUUCGAUUGUCAGAGAAUCCAAAAGCGCGGGAAGCCCUUCGCCAAUGUCUACCAGAACCCCUACGCGAUGCUACGUUCUCGCAAGUUCUCAAAGACGAUCCUCAUACGAAACACUAUCUUGCACAACUGCUUCUCAACCUUUCAGAUAAUGUAGUAACUAACAACUGA